AUGAGGUACAAAUCAACGAAACUAAAAGGUAUCAAUGAAGUAGAAUUAUUGUUUGAGAGUAACAAGUUUAUAUUCUUUAUCAACUAUUUCUAAGAUGUUGGCUCGCUCAUAAUAAUCAUUAUUUUAUUCCCCUAGUAACUUAGUGCAAUGGUAAUUUGCGCAUGCUAAUAGACAGGAAUGGCUAGUGGACUGGAAACAAUUUGUGGACAGGCUUAUGGAGCUCAGCAAUACCAAAGAAUUGGAAUACAAACAUAUAAUGCUAUAUUCUCCCUCUUAUUCGUUUGUCUUCCCCUGUCUUUCCUUUGGAUCAGCAUGGAAAGGAUACUAGUUUCCAUUGGCCAGGACCCUCAAAUUGCACAUGAAGCAGGGAAAUUCAUAAUUUGGCUUCUUCCAGCACUCUUUGCUCAUGCAAUUCUGCAGCCAUUAGUUCGAUAUUUCCAGAUGCAAAGUUUGCUUCUUCCCAUGCUUAUAAGUUCUUUUGUCACUCUUUUUAUUCACAUACCUCUUUGCUGGGCAUUGGUAUUCAUGACUGGACUGAAUAAUGUUGGUGGAGCAUUAGCAAUGAGCAUUUCAAUAUGGUCAAAUGUGAUUUUUCUUGGAUUAUACAUGAGAUACUCUUCUGCAUGUGCAAAAACCCGUGCACCAAUUUCUAUGGAGCUGUUCCAAGGAACUGGAGAGUUCUUUCGUUUUGCUAUCCCUUCUGCUGUAAUGAUUUGCGUUCAAUGGUGGUCGUUUGAACUGCUUAUCUUGCUGUCUGGGCUGUUACCAAAUCCAAAACUCGAGACUUCAGUUUUAUCCAUUUGUCUCAACACCAUUUCAACUCUUUAUGCAAUAGCCUUUGGAAUUGGUGCUGCAGCUAGCACAAGGGUUUCAAAUGAAUUAGGAUCUGGGAAUCCACAUGCUGCCCGUGUUGCUGUGUUGGCUGCAAUGUCUUUUGCAGUCAUGGAAACAGCUGUAGUAAGCGGUACACUUUUUGCCUGUCGCCAUGUUUUUGGUUAUAUUUUCAGCAAUGAGAAGGAAGUUGUUGAUUAUGUCACUAUCAUGGCUCCUUUGAUAUGCAUAUCUGUUAUAUUGGACAGUAUACAAGGUGUUCUUUCAGGGAUUGCUAGAGGUUGUGGAUGGCAACACAUAGGGGUUUAUGUCAAUCUAGGUGCCUUCUACCUCUGUGGGAUUCCAUUUUCUGCCACAUUGGCAUUUUGGGUACAGCUGGGAGGAAAAGGACUUUGGAUGGGUGUACAAGUCGGUGCUUUUGUUCAAUGUGUUCUACUUUCUAUCAUAACCAGUUGCAUAAAUUGGGAACAGCAGGAAAUCAAGGCAAGAAAGAGGUUAUUUGAUUGUCAAUUUUCAGCAGACAAUAGACUGGUUUGA